AUGGCCUCUCCAGACCGUAUUAGCCCUGUGGAAGCCAAGUCCCAAGAAACGCAGACUCACCGUGUCCAUACCGAUGAAAUGUCGGUGACAAACGAAGAUGAUCGCGAUUUGCUGAAGUUGGGCUAUCGUGCAGUAUUGGCACGUGGCUGGGGGUCAUUUGACAACUUUGCCUGUUCCUUCUCGGCCUUGUACUGCAUUGGAGGCAUCCGUGUGUUGUUCUACAUCGCCCUCAGUGGAGGUGGGCCAGCCGCGAUAUGGAGCUCCUGGAUUUCUGGUAGCAUCUUCUCGAUCAUCACCGCUGCCUGUCUCGCUGAAGCUUGCUCGAGCUACCCCGCCGCGGGGUCUAUCUACUACUGGGCAUUCCGAUCAUGGGGUGGUGGUCGAGUUGGUCGGUUCGUCUCCUUCCUCGUUGCGGCGUGGACGUUGGUUGCGUGGACUGCCUUCUUGGCCAGUGACUCGUUUGGGGUUGCCAAUUACCUCAUCUCUGAAGUUGUCGUAUUCAAUCCGGAAACAAGCUUCCCAUAUGAGACGUCCGAUGUACGAGCCCGCGCCGUGGCCUGGGCUUUCUCAUUGUUGUUCUUGGCCAUCGCAACCGCGUUGAACUUCCUCCCACCGCGUAUGUACUCCGGGGUGUUCCGGGCGGGUUUCACGGUGAUCAUCAUCGACAUGUUGCUCAACUUCAUUUGGCUUCCCAUCGGCGUGUCCAAAACUUACGGAUUCCAAUCCGCUGAAUACGUCUUCACGUCUACAUACAAUGGUGGUGGUACGAGUCCCGGUCUCAACUGGGUUCUGUCCUGGUUCCUGGUGGGCAGCUGCUUGGUUGGACAAGAUGCGUCGGGCCAUGUUGCGGAAGAGACUAUCUCUGCGAAGAAGGCAGCUGCUAAGGGCAUCUUCUGGGCCACUGUCGCCUCCGCAUUGUGUGGUUUCCCGAUCAUCAUCUUGUUCUUGUUCUGCAUGCCACCCAUCGAGACAUUCUACAACACCAGCGCGCCCCAGCCGUUCAUCAACAUGUACGCCUUGGCGCUUGGACCACAUGCCCAUGUGGUGAUGACAAUCAUCUCAAUGAUCGGAGCUAUUCUUAAUACCUCAAUCUCCUUGGUGGCUGUUUCACGACUUGUGUUCGCCGUGGCGCGUGACGGUGUCUUCCCAUACAGCGAUUUCCUAUCGCGUGUGUCGAAAUCAAAGCAGCCUCAUAACGCGAUUAUCUUUAUCUCGACCAUCGCCGCUCUUUUGCUUUGCACACAGCUCCCGUCUCAAGUGGCUUUCUCCAGUUUGAUCUCGACUUCUGCAGCUGGAUCACUUGCAGCAUAUGGCCUCGUUGGAAUCGGUCGCGCUUUCAUCACGCGCAAAACCUUCCGCCCGGGCUUUUGGGACUUGGGUCGAUUCGGUGUUGUGGCUGCCGUUGUCACAUUCAUCUGGAACGGUUUCGCUUUUGCCGUGCUGUGCGCACCGGCUUACUCGAACCAUGCUAUCGACGAAGACUCGAGUCUGUUCAACUACGCCAUCGUCAUUAUGGGUGGUGUCACUAUCCUUGCUAUCGCUGAAUGGUGGCGCAAGUCGAACGAUGAUUGGUUCAAGCAUCUCAAGGUCACUGACUCGAAUUCCGAGGUCAACCAGCCCAUUGAGCGGGAGGAGACCAAGGAUGUUUCAGUGUGA